AUGUGUAAAUCUUGCCUGAAAAUUCCUUUGGGUGACAAAAGUGGAUCUGAAAAGACAGGUGCUAUUAAGACUGGCAACAGUGUUACCACAAUGACAUUUUUCAAAAGAACGCAACGCAAAGGUUUGUGCGAACUACGUGACAUCUGCGCUGAGGGGAAGAUCAAAAUCUCGGUCAGUGAUAAAGGAGGAGAAUUUGCAGUGAUUUCAAGUGAACUGGACAGGGCUAUAACGAAACUUCACUUUACGGACGAUAGUCUAUACCUUCAUCGGCACAUGAAUUUGGCAGACAAUAUCGCCGCCUGA